AUGUCUUUUGCUAUACAACCACCCUUUCUCUCCUCGGGGGCUCUGUCUACAGUAUGCUACGUCACUGCAGUGCUCUUUGCUCUCUACUUCAUCCGAAGACGAAAAACUGCCAGAGAAGAGAAGAGUCUUAGCUUGGCGACGAGUCCAAAACGAUCUAAAGGCGGGCAAGACUACACUGACGUGUUCCCACCAUCACAACGCCCAGUUCUGAGCCGCAUUAACUCACGAUUCCCUUACGCCGAUGGAAACACCGACACAUCGAAGCUCUCGAGGAUGAUCCUCGGAAUGAACGAAAACUACGCAACUGCAAGACCCGAGCGGUUCAUAUACAGCGGGUUCAGCGUUGGAGAUGUCUUGAAGUUGGGCAACUUUCCUGACUACGCGGCCUUGUCAGAGGUCCCGUUGCCAAAGCCAGCUGAGGGUUUUGACAUCAAUACUGCCCAGCCUAGACCUUACAGGCCGCUGAGAUGGCCGUACCACCAAACUAUGUCGUUUCAGAAGAUGGAGACAGAUUACUGGAUUGAGCUUGACAACACGUACCAUCGAUAUAUCCAGGAACGAAAGAAUAUCUUCGCUAAUAACGGAAAGGAUAUUCUGAAUGCGUUGCCUGGGUCCGAGUUGGCGUGUAAGGAGCUCAUGGAAAUGGUGGUACAAUUUCUUUGCGCCCGGUAUCCCCAUUACUUUCUGCUAGAGGGUAACACCUUUGUCAACGACAUUCUGGGCACCAAAGUCGACCUUUCAACGGUUGAUCCCCUGCACGUUUUGUUGGAAAACGUCCCUGAAGACUUUGCUAUUAUGCUUCGAGACCCUGAGACUGGAAGAUACCACUUCCGCGCUGGCGUCAUCUGCGCAUCAACUGGAUGGAGUCUGGGAACGAAACUCGGUUUGGGCCUACCUGAGAUCCAUGAACCUGUCCCAGAUUACAGGGAGAAGAUGCAGCUUAGUAUGGAUCGAUUCUUCACAAAGAUGCCAGUGUCAAAGCCCAUCCAGAGAGGAGCAUGGGGAUUCGAGGUUGGCCAACAUCUGUACAUGCCUCCUGAAGACCCUGGCCUAAGCAUCCGGGAUUCCCAAGAUCCGUCUCUUCGCCUUGAGGAUCUAUACUUUCGCGUCGACUGGCAGACGCUGCGCCGACUCCCGCUAUCAGGCGCCAUAGUGUUUAACUUCAAAGCCUUCUUCACCCCGGUGACUAGCUUGAAGGAUGAACCAUAUGUUCCCUCAUUGAGCCUCAAGGUUAUCAGUGAUAGCAAGGAGAACUUGGUACGGUAUAAGAGCGUUUGGCAUGUUGAACACAUACUCAAGCCAGCCUUAGCCGAGUAUGAGAGGUAUCAGAUUGAGAAUGGAAUCAUGGAAAAGGAUUGGCAGCAUCAAACGCUGCCUGAGAGUCCAUUCUUUCGGGGCUGGGAGGCAAAGUGGAAGCAGACGAACUUGAACUCGGACCGAUGA